GGAAAACAGAAUAGAGGGGUACGAUAGUGGGAUGUGCACCCAGACCCGCAGCGCUGGCUCUUUGUUUCUUUAUGUCUCACUGAUCUCGCUUUUCGACCUCUUUCCUCUCUCUUCAUCGCUCUGCGCCAGUUCCCUUGGGAAGAACGUAAUUAUACUGUUACUCUACUCUCCUCAUUUUCCAUAUCUUCCAAUCUACUGCAUCUCCAUCGUCUCGUAUUUCACACUUCCACCUCUCUGCUUCUUUUCUCUUCUCUUCCAAAUGCUUUCCAUUCCAGAACUGGGAAAUUUCACCUCACUUUCUUUUCCCUCAUCCAACUUUCAUCGCUUCAAUUAUGUUCUUACUCUCUACUUUCUUUUUCUGCACCACUUUAUCGCUCCAGCUCUCUACAGCCCUCUAAAAUUCGCUACUUCUCGCUCUGCAAUUUCGCUAUAGUGUCCAAACCUUAUAUUUCUGCUUUAAACUUUCUUUUGAAUGACUUACCAUUUUGUGGAGUAAACAGUAAUUGACAGUUUGGAAUUUUAUUCAAUUAUCGUCUCAGUACUUGUGUCCAAUUUGUCGAUUAGACCCUUGAUAACUAUUUCACUCGAUUUUCAAUAUAUCAGCUUUCACUUAUUCAUUUCAUUUCAAUCUCCCAUCUUUAAU